GAUUUGGACGCGAUCCAACCCCCGUUCUUCUAUGACGCUCAACCCCCGUCGGAGAUUCUCUUUGUCCCAUUGAAUAAAGAUAAAGCGUACAGCGCAGUGGAAUUGAUGGAUCUCUAUGCAACGGAUUCACAUUUGAAACCGUAUCUACCCUUAAUCCAGGACAAACCUGUCUAUCCCGUAAUCAGAGACAAGAAUGGUGUGGUACUCUCCAUGCCACCUAUCAUAAACGGCGAGCAUUCACGUCUUUCGGUGAAUACUCGAAACAUUUUCAUUGAGGCAACGGCAACUGAUUUGCACAAAGCCGAAAUCGUCCUCGACACAUUGGUCACCAUGUUCUCCGAAUAUUGUGACCCACCGUUCACUAAUUCAAUAUGGUUUGACUCAUCUUUUGUCGGUCCUCUUUCAUUCUAUCUCUUUUCUCGUGCUUGUGUGCAGCGUUUGACUGAUCGCUAUGAAGUAGUCAGCAUUGAUUACAUCAAUCGCCUUCUGGGAACCGAAUUCUCCGGUGCCGAGGUGACAGAUUUGCUUGCGAGCGGUUCCGGUCUUCUGUCUGUGCGCAUCCCGCCCACACGACACGACAUUUUGCACGCCUGUGAUAUCGUUGAGGACGUGGCAAUCGCCUAUGGCUACGACAAUAUUCCCGAAUCUAUGCCCCACACGUAUUGCAUUGCUGAAAGCCAACCGCUGAACCGACUGACCGAUUUGAUUCGCACAGAGAUUGCCCAAAUGGGAUUCACCGAGGCGUUGAGUUUCUCACUGGUCAGUUAUGUCUAUAUUCGUUCUGCGCCGUCAAAGUGUAAAUUAAUUGUACACGCCCGAGUUCUUCCAUCUCCCGGCAUCACUCCAACUGGGGGAGGGAUAGAGGAGGUAGACGAAUUUUGUUACAUAGGCAACUACAUCUCACCCGGAGGACGCACUAAGGAUGAAGUUUCGGCACACAUACAGAGGGAUCAUUUGAAAUUUACCAACUUGAGACGUCUCUGA